UGAUUUAGAAUCAAGGAAUAAAUUUCACUUAAACUAAUAAACAUUUUAUUCAAAAGAUUCAUGGCAUAGUAGCUUUUCUGCAAUGCUGAACAGAUCAUUAGGGACUACACAUGAAAAGAUAUGUGACACAAGUACAGAAGGAGAAGACUCAGAGGUAACAUCAACAACAAAGUGUUUAUUCACAUGUAUUUCAGAGAAGCAGCAUGGUAAACAGGUGAGUAUAAAAUGCAAUGAAGAUAGAAAGCACUUAGCUUGAGCGUAAACAGUUUGUUGCAGGUGCUGGUGGGUGUGCGGUGAAUGCUUAGUGAAGACUGGACCUGAAGUCUGACUGAAGACAGGAAAGUAUCCAAGAAAGUCGCAGGGAAUUUCAGAGAAGCAGCGUGGUAAACAGGUGCUGGCGGGUGUGUGGUGAAGGCUUAGUGAAGACUGGAACUGAAGACUGACUGAAGACAGAGGAGGAUCGCAUCAGAAAGCCUCAGUUAAUGGUGAAGAAAGAGCAACCCUCAUCUAUCUCUGAUGAUCUAAUGGCAGACCAAAGAAUGGACAUAACUUCCACGAUGAAUGAGUUCAUGUCUCCCAGUUCCACUGACCUGAUCAGCAGCUCAAUGGGAAUGCCGGGCAUGGACUACACCCGCAAGAGGAAGGGCAGCAUCACCGACUAUCAGGACAGUAUGGACAUAGACAAGGACAAACAACUUGGAAGGGUUGAUCAGCAGAUUAAGAAUGCAAGGGACGCUCACAGUCAGAUAGAAAAGAGACGCAGAGACAAGAUGAACAGCUUUAUUGAUGAGCUGGCUUCAUUAGUGCCUACCUGCAACGCCAUGUCCCGCAAGCUGGACAAACUCACAGUGCUGCGCAUGGCGGUCCAGCACAUGAAAACACUUCGAGGUGCUGCAAACCCUUAUACUGAAGCUAACUACAAGCCAGCCUUUUUAUCAGAAGAUGAGCUGAAGCACUUAAUAUUAAGGGCUGCUGACGGUUUUCUGUUCGUUGUGGGCUGUGAUCGGGGAAAGAUCCUUUUUGUGUCAGAGUCUGUCUACAAAAUUUUAAAUUACAGUCAGAAUGACCUGAUUGGCCAGAGUUUGUUCGAUUAUUUGCAUCCUAAAGACAUUGCAAAAGUCAAAGAGCAGCUCUCAUCUUCUGACACAGCCGCACGCGAAAGACUCAUCGAUGCUAAAACUGGGCUGCCGGUCAGGACAGACAUUGCCCCUAGUCCCUCCAGACUGUGCUCGGGGUCCCGACGCUCCUUCUUCUGCAGAAUGAAGUGCAACAGGCCCCUUGUCAAAAUGGAAGACAAAGAUUUUCCCUCAACUUGCUCCAAAAAGAAAGCCGAUCGCAAGAGCUUCUGCACCAUCCACAGCACUGGCUAUCUGAAGAGCUGGCCGCCCACAAAGAUAGGCUUAGAUGAAGACAAUGAGCCUGAUGAAGGCUGUAAUCUCAGCUGCUUAGUGGCCAUUGGCCGAUUACAUCCUCAUAUUGUCCCACAACCCAUGAAUGGAGACAUCCGGGUGAAGCCCACAGAGUAUGUCUCACGCCAUACCAUUGAUGGGAAGUUUGUCUUUGUGGACCAAAGGGCCACAGCCAUUCUAGCUUAUCUACCUCAAGAGCUGCUGGGCACGUCGUUCUAUGAGUAUUUCCAUCAGGAUGACAUCGGACAUCUUGCUGAAUGCCAUAGACAGGUGCUGCAGAUGAGAGAGAAGAUCAACACCAACUGUUACAAGUUCAAGAUUAAAGAUGGCUCUUUUAUAACUUUAAGAAGUCGCUGGUUCAGUUUCAUGAACCCUUGGACCAAAGAAGUAGAGUAUAUUGUCUCGACUAAUACAGUCGUCUCAGGCAGUUCUCUUGAUGGAGCAGAGCCUGGUUAUCCUCAGCUCACUGCCUCCCCCCAGAGUAUGGACAGCGUCCUUACAGCUGGUGACAGCUCAGGGAAGACUGUCCCUGGAAUCCCUGGAGGCACAAGACCCGGAGCAGGAAAGAUCGGCCGCAUGAUCGCUGAGGAAGUGAUGGAGAUACAAAGGAUAAGAGGCUCAUCGCCCUCUAGUUGUGGCUCAAGUCCCCUCAACAUCACCAACAGCACACCCCCUCCUGACACAUCCUCGCCGGAGGGCAGGAAGAUUUCAAAUGGUGGAACUCCAGACAUUCCUUCAGCAGGGAUGGUGUCGGGCCAGGACAGCAUAGGAUAUCCUUACUCUAACAGCUCGAUUUUAAGUGAUAAUUCACACAUCGGUUUCGGUGACAUCAUGGAUGAGCCGGGCUCCAGCAGUGAUGAGGCUGCCAUGGCGAUCAUCAUGAGCCUGCUGGAGGCGGACGCAGGUCUGGGAGGUCCCGUGGACUUCAGUGACCUGCCCUGGCCACUGUGAGAGUCCUGAAGGAGACCGUCACCCAUCAUGUGUACAAUCCAUCUCAACCGCGUUCAAACCAGCUAUGACCCUGACAAUCUUUUUGGUGACAUCGCAUUUGUUUUUGUCACGGUGCCUCAGGUAGCUCCACCCACAGCAAAAUUGUAUUGGUCCACAACCUCAUUCCACAGCUGUAUGUUCAAAUGUGCCAAAAGUAGACUGUAAAAAAAGAUGGACAACACAUCUCCACUUUCUUCUACUAUAGAAAAGUGACGGCAAAAAAUCCCAUUAUGGCCACUGUCAUCUUGCAAAAAUGACGUCAUUCUGAGACCGAUUUUGCACAGUAGUGAUUCAUUUGGAGCCCGUGUUUGCACAGUACUGAUCGUGAGGUGGAGCUGUGGUAUCAAUGUUCCUCGCAAAUUCCCGUAGACCCAAUGGCAAGCUCACACUCCCGUUUUUAACGAACCAUCAAAUAACGAACUAAAAGCAAGCUAAAUAGAAAAAUGAACACUUGAACAUACGUCGGUAUGAUUAAAAACUACCUGAAAUGAUGGAAACCAUCUUGGGGGAAAAGUUUAUUUUAGGUGUAAUUCGAUUUUUAUUUUUUUAGUUUGGCUUAAGUCCCAUUCGUUUACAUC